AUGGCAGUAGACAAUACAUCCUGCUUUGGCAUGAACUUGGACAUGGAAGUGGUUGGGAUGAGGCAGUCACUUGACCCAUUGACCUACUUGCUGUCCAAUGAAGUUGGUGAAUGCUGCAGUGGUCAUGCUGCAAGCAUCAUCAAUGUUCAGGCGUUCGCACAGCUGUCAAGCGGUGACAGUGACGGCAACAGUGACUUGUGUUUGAGUUGGGUGAGUGGUCUGCUGUGGCAGCGUAAGUGGAUGGAGUAUGAUAAAAAGAAAUGGAUUCUAGAAGUGAACGCGGAUGUGUCUAUUAGGAAGUCCAGCUCCAGGAAUCGGGCUCAUGCAUCAGCACAGCUUCUUCCGCCUUUCCACUCACUUGAAGUUUAUUCAAACGAAAGACGUUCGUUUCCAUCUAAAUUGCAUUUGCGUCAUUCUAAUGGAUUUUCCUCUCCUGCCAACUGCAAAAGCCAAACUUACGAAACGAGGAGCAUUAAAGGGCUCAGUCAAAAUAUUGAUUUAAAAUUAUGUAUUUUUUUUCAGCCACUUGUCAAGGGAAAAAAAAUAUUAAAAAAUGUGAAAAUUCCUCACACAUGGGCAUGCAAAAGAUUCCAUUUACUAUUAACAAACAAACAGAGUGACUUGAAGGUUCAUUUUCUUCAAACAAAGCUAAACAAGAAAGGCAGUUUUUGGCUGCAAAACUUGUUUUGCUAUAAUAUUUUAAUAAAGUCAUUAAAAAAAGAUAUUUGUAACCUUGAAAUUUGUUUAAUGCCUUUUGGUGAUUUAAUUGCCGGCGAGAAAAUAAUCAAUACUGUUGUUCUCAAACUACCCUCUCAUCUACUUGUCUCUCUUCACUUUUGCAAAACUACUUUGGCCUUUUUUGGUGAGGAAAGUGAAGGUGAGAAUGAUUUUGUGGUGUUAAUGCCUGUUGAAUUCAUUAGUCGUAGAGCUGAGUUGGCCACUACUCAGUUUGAAACUUGUUUGAGCUCUUGGUUAAAACGAAACGUUUUCAAUUUCUUAAUUCCUGUGAUCGCUAGUGAUUCAGUAUUGAAUGAUAUCGCAAAAUCUGCUGUUUUUCGUUUUCUUGUCCUUUGCAUUCUCACAACCGUUUCCUCACAUUUUUUUUCUGAACCAGAUGCCUUGAACUUACUCUCUAUUCGAUGUUCAUCUCCUAAAAUUUCACUGAAUUUAAUGCAAAUCUUGUGCAUCCACAUCGCACAAAACUCAUUUCAUCCAGCUUUUUUUAUCCCAUCAAAAUUUUAUUGUUGA